AUGUCAACCUCAAUGAGUCACUUCAAAUGGCAACUGGAAGCCUUAAUGAGGGAGUCCACCAUCACAACAAAACAACUCAAAAAGCAGGAUGCUGUUAUCCAGCUGCUGAAGGAUGACAAUGCUCACCUCAAAAAUGAAUAUACUCAUCUUAACAUGGACAUCCAAAAGUUCAAUGACUGCAUUUGCACCCUCACCUACAUCACCCUACGAGUUUUCCUCGAUGCAUACCUUGCUGUAAAGGGCUACAUUCAAAUGAGGUUUGAAUACCUACUAAACACGUACCAAGAUGUCAAUGUGCAUACAGUGGAAUCCUGGGAGGUAGCUUUGGCAAUUGAAGCUAUGGAUGAGGGCAAGUUGGAGUUCAGCAUGUUGUUCAAGGAAUGUAUGGGCCACCCUAUCAAGGUGGAAAUCCACAAAUGCGUUCCAUUAACAUGCAUUGAUGGGAGGGCAGCCACCUUAACUGGCCUUGGUAUGAGAACAGCCAAAAUCCAUGCAUGA